CAGGAAAUUGACAAGCCUCAGUCCCAAUUAAAUAUAGCAUGCAUAAUAUGUUGGAGGGACAAAUCGUAACUGCCUGUGAAAGCUGUAAAAAUUUACUGGGUGCUCACUUUGUGCCUCCCUACCCGUGCCAUCUUUAUACAUUAAAACAGCCAUGAAACAAUGCAAAGUGAAGAGUUUCUCGAAUGGAGAUGCGUCAAGCACUUCGUCUUCCACUGAACCUGGAAGUUCAGAAGAUACGCGAUCUACGCCGCUGCUGCUACUCGGUAAAAGACUGUGGGGGAAAACGCAAAAUAAUGGAAGUGCUGCUAAGAGCUUCAACAGAUUCUUUCGCUCCAAUAAAAAGACUGUGUACCCUAUAGAAAGAUCACCCAACCGGUUGAGGCAUGACAGUGAACCUGAUGAACUAAGCUAUUGCAUGCUUGAUAACGGGAGCAACAGGAAUGAAGACGAGAGCAGUUUGUCUGAUUUAACGAGUCACGAGACAGAGAUAGGUGACGUUGCAAUUGUCUCUAAUCUUAUUCUUCAUGAUGGAAAACCGUUGAAAAUUCGAAACAGCGAUGUUUCAGAGCAUGAUACUCGAUCAUCAAAUUAUUUUUUAUCGCAUUCGUCACCACUUAAGGCAUCAUCCCGAGAUAGUGACGUCAUCGAAAACGCGUCUGAAGGCGAGAUUAAAAGGCUUAGAACUGUCUCCUCCCGGCGCUCCCUUGAGAGCCGAGCUCGCAACCCGUUGCUUCCUUCCUGUCAUGUGCCCUCGUCUGAUCCAACUCAAAAGCGUGGACGCAAUUCUCACAUUCCUGCCUGGCAGCUUCCGCUACAAGAUCUCACUCGCCUCGCUGUUUUGCCGACGGGCUACUCGUCGAGCGCUGCCAGCACACCUUCUACAGCUCCUCCCAGCAUUGCUGGCUCCUGCGUGCAUCUCAGCAGAGAAUAUUCCCAGCAGGACGGUGGCGUAUCCGUGAUACCAACUUCAGAGUGCGGAUGGUUCUGCCUGAGACCAAAAUGCCUCCACCACGGCAGGUCGUCGCGGUGGCUGCUCUUCUGGCUGUGCUGGGCCUCUGCAGUACAGGGCAUGGUCGUAAAUGGUUUCGUAAACGUGUGUAUCACCACCAUAGAAAAGCGAUAUGAUCUUCGGUCUCGUGACACAGGCAUGGUGGCCGGCGCGUACGACAUGGCGUCCGUACUUUGUUCUGUGCCUGUGGCUUACUUGGGCUCUCGGAAAGGAGCUUCGAAGGCGCGAUGGUUAGCGGCAGGCAUGGUCAUCAUGGGCUUAGGGUCAUUCGUGUUCGCGGUGCCUCACUUCUUCACUCCAGCCUAUCACGUCACGCUCGGCAACUCCAUAGGCGCUAACAUGUCGACAAUCACUUGCUCCUUACAGGCCAUCAUCGGCGAGACGUGUGACGUCAGCAGGGAUGUUUGGCUGGCCAACUUCAGGCAGGUCUUCAUGCUAGGGCAGGUCCUGCAUGGCAUCGGUGCCACGCCCCUCUACACGCUGGGGGUCACUUACCUCGACGAAUCCGUGCCCGUCAGGAUGUCGUCGCUUUACUUGGGCAUCUACUACGCGAUGGCAGUCGUUGGUCCAGCCAUCGGCUUCGUGAUGGGCGGGCAGUUCUUAAAUAUCUACAUUGACGCUCCCUACACCGACCCCUUAUCUCUGGGUUUGACGACGGAGAGCGACCGGUGGCUCGGUGGCUGGUGGAUGGGGUUCCUCUUGUCUGGUUGUGCAUCCAUCCUGGUGGCUUGGCCUUUACUUGGCUUCCCUGCCGUAUUGCCUGACCAUGAGGACAGAAUUAACAGCCCCAAAGGGUCGGUCAAGCGACAGAGAAGCGACAAUGGCAGCUCCACUGCGGUUGCCGCCUUUCAGGAUUUAGACGACUUCCCUUCUGCCACGCGCGCCCUCAUGUCCAACGUGACGUUCGUAGCGCUGUCCCUAGCAGGUGCCAUGGAGGGCAUCCUGCUCACAGGUUUUGCCACUUUCAUCCCCAAGUUCAUCGAAAGUCAAUUUAACGUAGCGGCGAGCUUUUCGGCUCUGUACGUCGGUUUUAUUGCUGUUCCCGCGGGGGGCGGAGGCACGUUGCUGGGCGGCUGGCUUAUCAAAAAAUAUGAGCUCUCAUGCCUUGGAAUUCUGCGCGUGCUUUUCACGGGCUCCCUCUUCUGCUUACUCGCGUGCCUGGGGCUGCUCGUCUAUUGCCCCAACCACGAGUUUGCUGGAGUGGACGUGCAUUAUGAACAGAAAGUAUCUACCGACGUGCCAACUCUGACGUCAUCAUGCAACAGCGCUUGCGGUUGCCAGAGCGUCGCCUACAACCCCGUGUGUGGCUCCGACAACCUCGUCUACUACUCGCCCUGCCACGCUGGCUGCUCUCAGCGACAUCAGUUCGCGUCUAAAGAGCUUCAACGUGAGCUAAAAGUCAUUUUCACUUGUCUUUGUCUCAUACAAGACACUCAGGGCUCCUGCGUGAGAUACGACAAUUUCUACAUGAGCCGGUACAUGCUGAGCAUCGCUUUCACUGCCAAGUCGAUAUCUACACUCAUGUUCCUCAUCGCUUGGUGGUUCUACCGACCUCCAAGAGGAGACUUGAACAACGCAAAUGAUCCAGUGCACACCACAUCCAUGCAUCCGCUUUCAUCGAGGGAAAGAGAAACUGGGGAUGCUACUCCACAUCUUGCAUUCGAUAACCCUGCGGUUGAAAUAACUUAGAGGAGGUAUGGGAACUUUUUUUUUUAGAAAAAGCCAGCUCGUUAAGUAGUUUUUUGGGAGAAUGUUUUCAUCCUAUAUUGCCAAAGUACCCUUAUGUAAAUGUGCCGUAUAAUAAUAUAAUAAUAGAAUCGUCGCGAUGUGCUUACUACAUCGAAUAGACAGUUAUCAACGUUAUUGUACAAACUGUAAUUAUUAUGAUUUAUAUGAAUAUUUUUUGUAACGGUAUCAUAUUAUCGCUAAAUGUUAUGUAUUUUGACUAGUAUUAUUAGAGGCUUGUAGUUGGGUUGUAUAGAAUUGAAAUUUUAUAUAAAGAUUAAUUAUGAGUAUCGUUGUAAUACUUCACGAUGCGAUAGCGUGACCUCUAUGAGCAAUGACAAGCCACAGUCAAUUCACAGCGAGCGCCAUUCAGCGUGCAGUCGAACAGUCUUAUCUAAUGUACCAACAUUUGGAUGAACUAGAAUUCAAUUGAGUCUGAAGGCAUUUAAUUUUUAGUUUUAAUCAUCGACGAUAUAAAAGAACAUUGUGAAAGUCACUGGAGCACCUAAGUAGCAAAGACCUAAUGUAUUCAAAAGAUA